GCAAUAACUUCCUUAAACCCCCAACCAAUGACCCAACCAUUUCCUUAUUCUCCCCCUUUCCUUGUGCUCAUCUUUUCUUUAUCUCUUGCUCUCGCUCUUCUCCCUCUUUCUUCGUCUUCUCUAAAUCUACAGCAAUGUUUUUCUGGGCAGCGAAAGAGUAACAAUUUGGGCUGAGCCUGUGCUAAAAGGAAUCGACACUAACGGAAGGAGUAGAGUAAGGUGGGGGUACAACCUUUGAACAUCCAUUAAAUACUCCUCCACUAAAUGACAGGUGCUCUGUUUUUCCUCAAUGUACGCUGUUAUUUUUUUCCUUUUACUCUUUACAUGUGAAUCUGUCGAGUAAAAUAAACAGAAAAGGAAGUGAACCCUUUGAGCAACAUAGAGAGGAAUGGAUGAAAGGGCGAAUCUUUUCUUCUUGUUUUUACUCCAGUGAUCACUGUUGGGUAAUCUUCGCAUAGAAUUUGAUAAUGCGGAAUUGGAACAACACACGAGACAACGAUUUUACGUGGUAUCCUCGAUCGAUUGAUCGAGACUAAUCCACGGUGAGCUCAUAAGAGCUCACAACUGAUCUCUUAAUAGGAUUACAUCUUGACGGCUUGCUUACGACAAUCUCGUAGCUAAGCUUAUAUAGAGAUAGACUAGGGUUAAAACCCUAAUGAGAAGAGUCGAGUACGGCCACAUAUUCGUACCUACUACAACUCGGACAAGGCCCAACAAGGCCCAAUAGUAACACGGUUUAAAUAACCGCAACACUCCCCCUCAAGCGAAGACAUGAAUGACAAGAAUGUCGAGCUUGAAGAAGUAAAUGUGAAGAACAAGCAUGAUGGCUUGAAUCACAAAACUCGAGAUGAAUAACAUCUCGGAUAAGGUUGAUUGGAGACGACUGAGUCUCUAUGAAAAACCUGACGAUGGAGACGAUUGAUUGAGUCUCUUAAUCUUGAAUACACUUGGUACAUUGCGGGCGACCUGAUGACUGAGUUAGUCGACCGACGUAUGUUGACCUCCUAUUCUCCCCCUCAAGAUGGAGCAUGAACAUCGUGAAUGCCCAGCUUGAAAAGCGAUGAAUGGUUGAUAUGUGCCCAAUACUGAACCGGAAGAGGGGACGACCAUUUCUUAGAUCGUGAAUGCCAGCUGGACGAUGAAGGGACGAUGACUUAUCUGAUCGUACUACCUUUUGAACGCCAGGGGCGAUCAUUUAAUGAAUCGUGAAUGCCUCGAUCGAUACUUGUCUAUCUUUGCUAGCAAAAGCCUGCAAACAAAAUAAUUGACCAAAAAUCUAACUGAAGAGCACAUAAAACUCUUACUAAAUCAGAUAUGGGAGCCCAUAAGGGCUUUUUCGACCACAACGUAGAGCUGACGGCCAAUUUGUGGCAAACUUCAAGCCGGGGAAAAGAAAAUCCCCUUUAUCUCCAUCAAAGCACAAAAUUUGAUCUCCUGAUGAUGGCGGCUUUGUGAUCUUGAUGGUGGCAUGACAAAAAUUGGUUGUUGAUUGAUCAAUGUGGUCGAGACCAUGACUGAUGAAGAAUAGGCAAGCUUUAGGAUGGAAGCCACGAACACAAGACAGGAGGGAUGAUGACAAUGUAAUUUCUUUACCCACCGGACUCCCACCAACCUUAGUUAACCCAACCGAACAACAUAAGCUUCUGGAAACUUGGCCGCAAAGAUGAGAAGAAUUCAGGACGACGACACUUCUUAUCCAACAGGACACGCCUAGCGAGGAUGCUAAUAUAAGGCGACAUCACAGAGAAAACCAGGCCACUGUUUGACGAUGAAACGAGAUGGAUUGCUAGUGAUGGAAGCAUGAUUCGUCGGCUGUAGUUAGUGCACUGAUUGACUUGAUUGGUCGGCGAUUAUGAACUGUCGUGAUUCUUGACAAGUUGAUUGAAGUCCCGUCGACAGUAAGAAACCUCCUUGACUUAAUGAAAUUGACUUCGACAGUAAGAAAACUCUUGGUACUGAAUUGGCCGCUGACGACGGCCUUCACUCGGAUUCUGUCGAUGAUGCCGGCCAACAACGACAAGGACGACGAUGGUGAAGUCGGAUGAUGGGCGCGACACUCGAUUCACCAUCGGGGUCAGCGGCGCUCUAUGGUGAUGACGAUCGGUAAUAGGAGCACAGUCGAUGGCGAUGGCUUAGGACUGGAGAUCUCGUUAUCGAUGGCGGGAUGGACUUCGCCUAUGAUUGCGGAAGAAUCGACGGGACGCCAGCUUUGCCGGAUUUUGAUAGACUCGACGGCCGAUCUGAAACACGAGCAUCGCUGAUGCAAGGCUGAGAUGACCGAAAACAAGCCUCAAUUGUGGGCCUUGACGGAGACUAGAAGGAACCGACUUCCGCGGCUUCUAUUCUUGCUUACCGCCGGACGAUUGCAAAGACGACAGAGGUUGAACUGAUGACGUCGAUGUUGCCGGAGAGGCAACUGAUGCUAACUGCGGAAGCUCAAAACCCUAGACAAGGGAUCGAGUUUGCUCUGAUACCAUGUAGAAUUUGAUAAUGCAGAAUUGGAAUAACACACGAGACAACGAUUUUACGUGGUACCCUCGAUCGAUUGAUCGAGACUAAUCCAAGGUGAGCUCAUAAGAGCUCACGACUGAUCUCUUAUUAGGAUUACAUCUUGACGGCUUGCUUACAACAAUCUCGUAGCUAAGCUUAUAUAGAGGUAGACCAGGGUUAAAAUGCUAAUGAGAAGAGUAGAGUACGGCCACAUAUUCGUACCUACUACAACUUGGACAAGGCCCAACAAAUCCCAAUACUAACACGGUUUAAGUAACCGCAACACUUCAAAACGCAGGCUUUUUUUUUUCAGGACGAAGAACAAUGUACCCAGUUCCAAAAUCUCUUCUUCUCCAAGUUGCAAUUCUUCCUUUCUUUUUUUCUCUGUUGAGAUUGGCUGUCACUUUCUUGUUUAAUCAAUUUGUAAUAAUGUAUGCAUACAUUGUUUGGCAAUUUCUAUUUUUUUAUCCAAAUCUUUUUCAGAUUCUUUUUUAUUAGCCAAACCUAUCAAAAUACUAAGAAUUAACCAAAUGUUAACUUUCAGUUAGCAAUUUUGUUAGUAAUAUUGACUUGGCAACAUGAUAGUGAUUUGGAAGAGACACAUGAAGGUCAACAUUACAAAAUUUUAGUAUUUUAACUAAGAAAAGAGUUACAAAAUUAUUAACGAUAAUGUAAAAAUGGCUAAUAUUUUGAUUCAUUAUGAAAGAUUUGGAUAAUUAAUAGCAUUUUAAUAGAUUUAAAUAAAAUAAAAGACUCUGAAAAAAGUUUGGAUAAAAAAUAGAUAUUAGGCCUUUUGAUUUGUUUAUUUGUUCGGGUAGUCUCCAUUAUUUUAUUUUUGUUUUGUUUUUGGAGAUGGGUAUUGAGUAUUAUUGACGAUGAAACGAGCUCCCCGUUUUUGUCUCCUUCUCUCAUCUGGUUUUACUUGCUUUGCUCCGUUUAUGUCUUGAAUUUGGAUUUGUCACUUCUCCCUUCCUUUCUUCACUCCCAUGUGCUCUUUGGGGAAAUGCCUUAAACUCACUCCAUUCCUCGUCAUACCCAGAUCAGUGCUCGAUUCCCAGUUUCCGAGUCAUUUCUGAAAUGGGUUUUUGACGUAAGUGCUCUUUCUUCUCCGGUCAAGCUCCCAGUCCUUCACCAGUGUUCCGUGUCUGAAAAUCUCUCUUUUUGCAGGAGCAGGACCCGGAAUUGAGCUCUAACUGUUCGACAAAAGUCCGGAGAGAGAGAGAGAGAGAGAGAGAGAGAGAGAGAGAGAGAGAGAGAGAGAGAGAGAACAGAAAAAUGAGAGAUUUCCCCUCUUGUUUCAGCGAGAAUGGAGUUCAGGUAGCCGAUUCUUCUUCUUCUUUUGCCUCGUCUUCAACCGUCACUAAAACUGCUCAGAAUCUAGUCACUUGCUUGUACCAAUGUCGAAUCCGUGGCCGUUCCUGCUGGAUCACUGUCUCCUGGACCAAAACCUUGAUGGGUCUAGGACUAGCCCUUGGAAUCGACGAUUCCUCACACCAUUGUCUUUGCAAAGUUGAAAUUAAACCGUGGCUGUUCUCUAAGAAGAAAGGGUCGAGGAGCUUGGAAGCUUACUCAUGUAAAAUAGACGUCUAUUGGGAUCUCUCUUCAGCGAAAUUCGGAUCCGGUAGCCCUGAACCACAACAAGGGUUCUACGUCGCAGCUGUAGUAGACAAGCAAAUGAUUCUCCUUCUGGGGGACAUGACUAAAGAAGCCUUCAAGAAAACCAACGCCAGUGCCAUUCUACCUCUUACUUCUAGUGCUGUUUUGGUAGCCAAGAGGGAACAUCUCUCUGGCAAGAAAGUGUUCAGCACUAAGGCUCAAUUCUGUGACAAUGGUCAGGUCCACGAUCUCAUCCUUGAAUGUGACACGAUUGGGGUCAGCGAUCCGUGCCUCAUGGUUCGAGUGGACUGCAAGACGGUGUUGCAGGUGAAGCGGCUGAAAUGGAAGUUCCGUGGCAACCACACCAUACUGGUUGAUGGUUUAGCUGUUGAAGUUCUGUGGGAUGUUCAUAAUUGGCUGUUUGGUGGGGUUAGUUCAGUAGGGAAUGCUGUGUUUAUGUUCAGGACGUGUCUUGAGAAGCUGUGGGGCGGAGGAAGCCAGCAGCAGCACGACGAUGAUAUGAGUUUGUUGACUUGGUCAUCAUUCUCACAGAGAUUCGUGGACUGCAAAUCACAUCAAAAUCUUGAUUUUAAGUUGGUCUUGUAUGCUUGGAAGAGUGAAUAGUUUUAAGGCUAUAUCAGUGAGUUGGUCAUUUCGAUUCAUUAUGUAAUUGAUUUACACGUAGUUUUCAAGAUUGAUCAAACACGGGUCAUUUUUCAUUUCCCGAGUAAAUCAGCAGUUGAAUGAAUCAAAUACACAAAAAUUUGUUCUAUAUAUUACUUGCUGCACAUUUCUUGUUUCGUGUUAACCAAGAAAAAACUUCAGAGUUCAAGAUCACAAGCCUUCAUGGUGAAGUUCUCAGUUAACUAUUAUGUGCUUUACUGAAAGUGGGAUCUAAACAUGUGGAAAAGCUCCAUUUGUUCUUCUGUUUGUUGCGGUGUUUUCUACUGCAGGUUUCUAUUUCAGGAUGAGGUUAUGACAGAGUUUCUGAUUAGUUUUAUGGUAGUUGCACUUGCACAUGGAUGGAUAACUUCACAACGUGGUAUAGAAAUUUUACCUUAUCCUUUUGUUUGAUUCUGUCAACGGAAUUACAUAUACAAGGUUCCAUGAUCAUAGGCGCUCAAUUAGUAUCUUCAUACCUGCAGUGAAGGGUUGCCAUUUACGCGUCUGUAGAACAAUAUCAGCUGAAGAAUGACGUUGAAGAGGUGAAACCUGUUCAUUUUGCAAGUGCUGCAUGGUUAUCUUGCAGGAACUGGAAGGAUGACUAGAGGCCAGAGGUUGUAAGAUCAAGUCUUUCACCGCCCUCUUUGCCUUUCUGUUUUGACUGCAGCUUUUUCACUGUUUGUGCCAUAUCGAAUCACUGGGGAGCUAACCCAGUAACUACAGUCUACAGAUUACUGAAGCUCUACAGCAUCGUUUCUUGCUCUUUGGUCUUCUUUGGCAGGACGCUAGUCUGUUCCCGCUUUCCGGCUAUGCAUUGCAUUCUUAGUAGUUGCAACUUCGCCCGUAUAUAGACUAGGUCCUUUUUUCAUGUUACUUGCUUCAAUGUUGUUAAACCCUUUAUCGGACUCCCGGUUGGACCCGGUCCGAUCUAAGUCGGGCUUCAAAAUAGCCUAUAGAAAACUUCCCGGUCUGACCCCUAAAGAGGGAGAAGAAGAGAGGAGGAAGAGAGGAAGAGUAACAAAGGAAGGAAGAUGUC